AUGGAUCUUGGGAAAAGGAAGACUCCUAUGAGAAAAAUCUUGAAGCCUGUUUCAGUCAAGAAAACUAAACAAAGGAGCAAGCCACUAACUGUGGCCAGCGCUGUUGAACACAUUAAAAAAAGGAAAGCGAGUUUAAGUCCUGCUUCUCCUCAGCGUAAAAAGAUGAAAAUUGGAACAAAAACACCAAAUGCAGGAAACACAGCAGGCCCCACAAAAACGCCCAAAACUACUGGGAAAACAAAAAAAUCUUGGGCUCAUAUUUUGAAGGAGGGGCUCAUGGCUCAUGGUCUACCAGCAGCAAAGGCUCAAAAAGCAAGCAUUGUAAUGGACAAGGCUAGAAAACUUCGUCGGACUCGAAAGCAAAAGGUCACAGAAGAUUUUAUUCCUACUUUUAAUCAAGAUAUUCCUAAGAACUUCAACUUUACACAGUCAACAGGACAUGUUGAUUCCCCUGCUCCAAUAAUUAUUCGGAAAAAAGUUGCUAAAACACCCAAAGUACCUGUGUAUCGUAAAGGGCAGAAAACUAGUGUUGAAAAGGGCACUAAGGAAAGUAUCAGUGAUAUUGAUCUAGAAGGCCUGACUGACCUUUUGGUUACCCCAAAGAGUAAGGAUAAGGAUAUAAUCAAAGAGGUAACAGGUUGGACACUGCCUGAUAUUGUUAAUCAUUUUACACCAUUGUCUAAAGCUGUGAGAAUGAAGAUGUUUGUGAAGAACAGUGGAAAGACACCACUGAAUAAGGUACCUAAUCAGGAAACAAAGACACCAGGAACUCCCUCUAGCUUAAAUUCUUCUUCUUCUUCUGGGAAAGAUAUGUUUUCUCCUGUUACACCACCAAAUGGUAAUAUUUCCAGAAGAUCUAUGUCAUCUGUUACUAACACACCUGUGUCUCGUGCAGACACCACAAAUUUUGAUUUCUGUGCUGUUAAAACACCUGAUAUAACAAGUGACUGCUUAAUAUCUCCUCUUGUGACUCCAGAUGUUAAGAGUUCAGGACAUUUGCUUAUUUCGCAGGAGUCUGUUUUAGAAACACCAGUACCAAUUGAAACAGAUGUUACUACUUUUGAUUUUGAAAAUGUAGUUACACCUGUUGUCACACCUGAUGUUUUUGUUUCCCCAAUGAGCACCAGAUCUAAACUUACAACUCCAAGAAAGUCACAGGAAGUUUCACAAUCUGUAGGCAGUGCUAAAAUAAAUAUUGCACUCAGUGAAACUUUAGCAGGUGUUAGUAAUACUAGAGAAACUUCAUGCUCUGAUGACAUUUUACAGACUCCAAAAACUAAUAAUUCAAGUGUCUUGAACAUUAAGAGAUUGCUUAUAAUGCCCAAGGAAUCCUCUGCAAGUAAUAGCAGAGAAGAACCCUUACAAAUAAGCCAAGUAGAGGAAGAGAAUCAUGCCAUAGGUAACCCUAAUGUCACUGACAUGAAACUUGAAGGACAGAAAACACCUGCAUGGGAACAUGAACAAGGUAACACGAAUACAGAAAUGAGGAGGCUGUUACAAACUCCUAAAGAAUGUGUGACAGAAAAUGAUCCUAAUUAUACUGAUGACAGUAUUAAAAAGCUUCCAGUAACACCAACAGCAGAACAAGAACCUAGCUCUAAAGAUUUUUCAGGACAGAAAAAGCAGUUGAGAUCUUCCAAACGACUUUUGGAAAGCCCUGGAACUGAUUACUCUAAUGUGGCUGGUGUCAGGAAAUUAUUGAAGACACCAAAAGCUGAUGUUCAUAAGCAUGAGCCAGAUUACACAGAUGUUGCUGGUGUUAAGAAGUUAAUGGAGACACCAAAACCUGGUGUUUCUGUGCAUAAACCUGAUUACACAGAUGUUGAUGGUGUUGAAGAUUUGCUUAGAACACCAGUGGCUGAAAAAGAACCUGAUUAUACAGAUGUUGAAGGUAUGAAAAGGCUAAAGAAAAUUCCCAGACUAGAAGUUCCAAGUCCUGGAACUGAUAAUUCAGAUGUUGCAGGCAUUAAGAAAUUAAUGAAAACCCCAAGAGGUGAUGUUCCCAAGGAUGAAGGUGAUUACACAGAUGUUGCUGGUAUCAAAGAACUCCUCAUAACACCACAGGCACACGUAAUUGAAGAAUCUGAUUAUAGAGAUGUUGCAGGAAUGAAAAGAUUGUUGAGAACUCCUAUAGCAUCUGCAGAAAGUCCUGAGAGUGAUUAUUCUGAUGUGGUUGGUGUUAAAAAGUUGAUAAAAACACCAAAAGUUGUUUCUAACCCUGAACCUGAUGAUUACACUAAUGUUGCUGGGUUGAAGAAGUUAUUGUCAACACCUAAUUCAACUCCAGAAUCUCCUACUGCUGAUUAUACUAAUGUUCAUGGUAUCAAGAAACUGUUAAGAACUCCAAAGUCAGCUGUGGAUGUAACUCCUGAAGGAGACUAUUCAGAUGUAACUGGAGUGAAGAAACUCAUGAAAACUCCUAAAACACAAUUGUCAGAACAGAAAGCUGACUAUAGUAAUGUAGUCGGUUUGAAAAAGUUGUUGAAAACCCCCAAAACUGAUCAUUCUCCUAUAGCCGAUUAUACUAAUGUAUUGGGACUAAAGAAGCUUGUGUCAACACCUGGUGAAGAAGUACCAGAGCAUGAAGCUGACUAUUCCCAUAUUACUGGAAUAAGAAAAAUUUUAAAAACACCAAAGGCAGGCCCUGCAAGUCCUCAGCAGAUUAUUCCCAGGUGGCAGGUCUGAAGAAGUUGCUUUUAACACCAAAGGAUGUAGUUCCUGAGCAUGAAGCUGAUUAUACUAAUGUCUCAGGCCUUAAAAAGUUGCUCAGAAGUCCUGUUAUUUCAGAAAAGGAAAGUCACCCGGAGUGUGAUUACACAAAUGUUCAUGGCCUUAAAAAACUUCUAAAAACACCGAAGAGAAGUAAAAACAUGGAGCCAGACUAUAGUAGUCCAAAAGGGUUUAAGAAAUUAAUGUCAACACCAAGAAAGGUUGAUUCUGAACCAUUGUCAGAUUACACAAAUGUUACAGGGCUGAAGAACUUAUUGAAGACACCAACUGCAACAAUAAAAUCCCCACAAGCAGAUUAUACUCAAGUAUAUGGGGUAAGGAAUCUUUUGAAAACACCCAAGGCUAUUCGUAAAUCUUCUGAUGCUGAUCUCGAAGGACUAAGCUACCUCUUGAAAACUCCAUUAUCAGACAAUUUAAAUGUUGAGCAAUUACUAGAUUUGGUCCAAGAGUCUGUUUCUCCAGCAAAGUCAUCUAGCAGAACUCCAGCAGUUGUUUGCUUAGAAACUGAAUCUGUCUGUGAAAAUAUACCUCCAAAAGAGGAUUUGAAGACAGUUGUUGACUUGGUGAGAGAUGAAAAUGUUAAAGAAGUAGUAAGCCCCCUAAGAAGCCAUAUUGUUGACUUGGUGAGAGAUGAAAAUGUUAAAGAAGUAGUAAGCCCCCGAAGAAGCCAUAGAAAUAAGAAACAAAGUAAUGAAGAUGAUGCACUCAUUAAGAACUGCAGAGGAACUAAUAGAUCAAAGACAAGAGAACAAACAAAAGAUGUUUCUGGAUGCCCUGAAAAGGAUGCAGUGGAAGUACAUUCAACCAAAAACAAACGCUCUAGAGCCACUAUGAAUAAAUCAUCAGCAGGUGACAGUGAAAGUAAAAUUGAUUUAGAAAGAGUC